CCCGAACCAGCCACAAUGCAGCAACAGCAACAGCAACAGCCACCCACACAACACCCGACACCAAAAACAGAAGCAGCGGCAGCGGCAGCGACACACACGAACACACAUUCCUUCCAGUGCCAAGAGAGAGUAAAAGCAGCGCUCUCUGAGAGACCGUUGUGUGGAUUCCAUUGUGGAACCAGAAAUCUGAGCUUCGUGCGCAACGUAGCUUUGCGGCCCCACGUUUGUACCGUUUUUCCCGUCGUGGCGAGUGGAGCUGCUCUGGUCUCCCAUUUAAAUGUGUGUGACGUCGUCGUCGUCGUCGUCGUCGUCGGUGUUUUGUCGUCGUCCUGCGUCGCCACGAGUCUGCGUCCGAGUACGAGUCGGAGUCCGGCAACGGCUUUGGAGUCCGCUACUCCCUACAGUUCUAACGGUACUUCAAAAGCAGCAACAGUUGCAACGCAUGCCGCAGCAGAAAGCAGCGGCAAACCAGCAGCAACAAAUGAAAAUGUAAAGUGAAAAAAAGUGAAACUAAAAGUGAAAAA